GUUCAAUAGGGUAGCCAGUCCCAGUGCGGAUUACUUCUAGUGUUCUUCUCUCCUCGUGUGUGCUCUUUUCCUCGCUCUUCCAGUGUUUAUUACUUCUCCACUUCCAUCGCGAUUUAACAUUCACAUGGUUUUUUUUUUUAUUUUAGAUUUUGUGUUUUAGCGCAUAUUUUUUUUUACAUUUAUUAUCGCCGUCUCUUUCUUCUCCCCUCUCUCUCUCUCACUCACUCUCUCUCUCUCUCUCACUCUGUCCCCACCCACUUUUCCCUUGUCUGGUCCGUGACAUUUUAAUUUGAAUCGAAGGCUGGUUCCAGUUGUUUUAUAGGUGUUUAUUAUUUUAUAUAGCUCACCCUCUGACAUACUAUCGUUUUUUUUUCUUUCUGCUCACAACACGAACACACAUACACACACACGCACACACACACACGCGCACAUGCACACACACACACACAUAUAUAUAUAUAUAUAUAUAACGUAAGGGAAAUAGUCAGCUUGACUUGCGGAGAAGAGGAAAAAAAAUUAUAUAAAUAUUUAUAUGUAAUAUCCACAAGUAUUUAUUACGUGCCAAGCAGACCUGAGUGUGGUGGGAGAAGGAUAAAUAAAGACACAACAAUAUUUACCGACAACUACCUUACCUACAACACCAUUCUCUGACGCAAAACUGCAACACGAUGUCUACAGAAUCGUCAGUGAGGGAACGGACCAGUGUUCGAGAGAAAAAGCCUGCCGAAGUUCCGAACGAUAAAACCAAAGUCAAAGAACCGUCACCUCCUCCCGAAUGGAAUCAACUUGCUUUAUGCGCCACAAACGAUGCCCCCCUUGGUAUCCUCCGUCCCAUUAUGAUCGUUUUGGAAAUAUCGUGCCACGGACUCUUGUGGAUCGUGGCGACUAUAACCAUGCUGAUGUGCAUCCAUAAAGCUAACCAUGUAGAGAUUGUAUUCAACUUGUUUUUCGGUUUAAUAUUUGAUAUCCUGUUGGUAUGUCUUAUAAAAUGGCUGGUUCAACGACAACGACCCAGUGCAAACUACAUGGACAUGGUUGCCACUUCUAAAGUAGACCAGUACUCCUUUCCGUCUGGUCAUGCAACACGGGCCUGCUAUCUGGCAAUAUUCAUAGCCAAACAGGUACCAGAUACAAGGAAAUUGAUUGUAUUUACUUACACUUGGGCUGCUUUUGUGUGCUUCUCUAGACUCCUCCUUGGACGCCACCAUUUUACCGAUGUUUUAUGUGGCUGUAUAAUUGGCGUUCUUGAGUUUUAUGUAUUGGAAAUGCUUUGGAUUUCACAGUCAACGUGUUCUUUUAUUCUUAGCCCGCUAUUAGGCGAGUUGGUGUAACUUUCUUUUCUUAAAAGUUAAAAUAUAUGGUGGGUGUCAAAAAAAAAAAGCAAAAAUGCAAACAAAACAAAGAUGAACAAACAGCCAAAUUGAGAUGAGGUGGGUUUAAUAAUAAAUAACAAAUGAC